CAAAUUUUCACCAACAGAAGCAGAAUGGAACGAAAUAAACCGAUUUUCCUCGAAUUCAUCAAAAUCUACAAAAAUAAUCCCUGUUUGUGGGAUCCCAAGGACCCAAAUUACAAAAGUCGAGAAGGAAAAAAAUCGGCAUACGAACAACUUUUGGCUGUGAUGAAAAAAUUCGACCCUACAAAUCCCGAAAAUAACAUUGAAGCAGUUAAACGAAAAAUUAACAGCAUGAGAGCUUGUUUCAGAAGGGAUUAUCGAAAGGUUCUCAACUCAGGCAACAAAUACAAGCCAAAUUUAUGGUAUUACGACCAACUGCUUUUUGUGAAAAAUUACUGCAUGAAAGACGAUUUUAGGGCACUUUACGCCAAAAGACGAGCUCUUUUAGAGGGAACAUCAGAUACGGACUGUAGUUACAUCGAACAAGACGAAAAUUCACAAAGCAUGGAAGAUGCAGAUGACGAAGAGGAAAUUUAUGAAGUCACCGAAAUCGAAGAACAUCUCGACGAAUCGACUGAAGUUGAUACAAAAAAUGAUAAAAAUGAAAAUUCGAAUGAAAAAGAAGAUGAUUGCACUACUUUUGGCAAACACAUUGGCAUCGAAUUACAAUUAAUGACUGAGCGACAACGAAUUAUCGCAAAAAAGCUCCUUUCUGACGUCGCCUACUACGGCAGACUCGAACGCCUGACUGAAUUUACCGAAAUUACGAGUACAAAAAAGCCAUUAGAUUAAAAAUUAAUUUAAUUUAUUUUUUUAUGAACGUUUUUUAUGUGUCGCGAUUUGUUUCCUGUGUUCCGGAAUUUUUUCUCGCAAAAGUCACAAUGAUACAAAAAGACUCCAGAAUGAGUAGCGAGGUGAUUUUUCAAAGAAAUUUUUGAUGAAAACGAUUUUUCGCACGUUGGACACUCGAAAAGUCUUUUAAUUUCCGAAUGCAUUCGUUUCAUGUGAAUUUCAAGACAUUUUUUGUUGGAAAUAUUUUUAUCACAGAUGUUGCAAGUUAAAUUCAGGCUUCGUUCUUCAUGUCUUUGAAGAUGGGCUUUCAUAUCGAAAACGGAAAUCCCGCAUUGAGGACAUUUUUCUUUCAGUCUUUUGUGAUUUGAAUG